ACAUUCUGCGUCUUUAUCUCUGUGGCAGUCAUCUACGACUACAUCUAUCAAAUAUUCUUCUUCUCAGCUGUACUGACAUUAGGAGGUCAUCGCGAAGCACGCAGAGGGAACGCCUAUCUUUGCUGUUUGACUGUGCCUCCUCCUACGAAGAUCGAAAGGAAUGAGAAGCCGUCGUGGAUUGUGCGCACUACGGCAAAAAUUCUGGACGCUGUUCUUGAUGCUUGGGUCGAUUUUAGUCUCUCAAUCUGGAGUAAAUUCAUAGUGGGAGGAGUUAUGUUGGCUUACUGGGCCGUGAUGAUUCAUGGUGUAAUGCAAAUCAAAGUCGGCCUGUCCUCAGAAAAGCUCUUUCUGACGACUCACACUUUGCGAGCUUGUUUAGAAUUCCAGACAAACGUUGCCGUGUUCGUGAAUAAUCCAAGCAAUAUGCACCACCGAGAGACUGUGCCGGAAAUCAUGAGGAUUCUUCGUAGGUUCGAAACAGCCAACAACAGCGUAGGAGCUGCUAGUACUCAUAUGUGGUUACUACCGUAUCUACCCUACGUUGGUGAAAAGGAACAUGGUUCAAUUGACUUCAAGUAUCGCUACAUGCCGGAGUUCUUCAAGCUGCCAGAAUACAGGAGAUGGAGCCACUUCGUGAACUCUACGACUUGCCUUGCUGAAAGACCGUCAUGUCUGCAAAAGUUCGUCUUUUCCACCGGAUUCCACAAUGCUGUCACCUGGACAGAGCGCUUAAGUUUGCUAGAGCAAUGGAGAAACAUCGCCAGUGAAUAUCGCCAUCUUAAUCUCACCGUCUACGAAGAUUUCUCGAUGUACUCUGAUCAGUUGCUUAUCCAUCGUUCCUGUCACGCAGCAGACGGUCUUUUUUGCUCUUGUUUGCAUGCUGAUUGUACUCACGCUUUUUACACCCUCCCCAGUCACCAUUGUGACGUCUUCCUGCUCAGUGUUGUCGAUCAAUCUUGGAGUGUUUGGAUGCCUCGUCUAUCUCAAUAUCGACUUGGAUCCAAUCUCUAUGACAACUUUGCUGAUGGCAAUUGGUUUCUCAGUGGACUUUGUCGCUCACAUAACGUGGCACUACUACAAAGGCGAUUUCCCGGUAAAUUUGUAUGCAUGGCCUUAUUUUUACAUGUCACGCACGGUUCAAUUAGCGACAAUCUGGUGUUGGAAAACAAAAUAUAUUAA